CACGAACGACACAUCACUAAUGUCAUUUAGACAAGGUGGCUUGCUAGCCACUGACACUACUUUGAUUGUUUUGCGUUGUUAGGCAAUAUACAUUUAAAGUAACGUUAACAAUCUAAACUAACAUGUUUUUUUACUGGCGGCUUGCAAACUCACUUUCCGAGGUUGCUAUAGUAAGCUAAGGCUAAGAAAGAGGAGUGAGUUCGUAUCACCGCAGAGAGAACCAUGCCCGAGCUAUCAAAGAUGAAGAAGCCCGACGUUAAGGUUGUCAUCCUGGGGGACAUGAACGUCGGGAAAACGUCUCUUCUUCACAGGUACACGGAGAGGCGGUUUAAAGACACAAUCAGCACUGUUGGAGGGGCUUUCUUUCUCAAACAGUGGGGACCCUACAACAUCUCCAUAUGGGACACUGCAGGUCGAGAGCAGUUCCACGGCCUGGGCUCGAUGUACUGUCGCGGUGCAGCAGCCGUCAUAUUGACAUAUGACGUUACCAACUGGCAGAGCCUGGCCGAAUUAGAGGAGCGCUUCCUGUCGCUCACAGACACCGCCAACCACGACUGCCUCUAUGCCAUUGUAGGAAACAAAGCCGACCUCACCGACCCCAGGGCCCAGUUUGUACAGGCCAACGAUGGCAGGAGGGAGGGUCAGGACCAGGGGGAGGCUGGGGAGAUGGACCCCAGGGUUCCCUCUGCAUGUCCCACCCCUCCAGCCUCCCCACCCUCCUCCCCUGCCUCCCUCCCAGGUGUGGCGGGCCACGAGCAGGUGAGCCAGGAUGACGCCCUGGCUCUGUAUGGAAGGGUUCUGCGGUAUAAAGGCCUGGAUGAAAAGACCAGCCUGCCUGCGGAAAAGAUGUGCUUUGAAACCAGUGCUAAGACUGGCUACAAUGUAGACUUGCUGUUUGAGACACUGUUUGACCUGGUGCUGCCCUCCAUUCUGAGGAAGAGAAACGAGGCUCAGGUAUCGCCCACCGUCAACCUGGAGGACUCUGGUGGUUCCAACAGCAAGAGAGCCAGGACGACCUGCUGCUAGUGACAUCACACCUUCAUCUCCGGAGGUUUUGGGACUGUCAGGAAAGGGAGACUGUUGGAAUUGGUCUAGAAAUGCAAACUGCUUUCCACCCUACGUAGAGGUAAUGAUCUCCAGAAUGACGUGACUGGGACAACAGACGAGCUACUUCUCGACAGCACUAUUUGAAAUCCAGUCCUAUCUGAUCAGUGAUUACUCCAUUGGCAGGAUGGAUGCAGAAUGCACCAGAGAGAGGCCCUUGCCUUGGACUGAAAAGAGAGUGAAAUCUGUUAGGCUUUCUAAAGAUUUGCCAAUUUUUAUAAAAUUACAGACCAAUCAAACAUAAUCAAAGCAACAUAUUUUGUUCAUGUUCAAACAUAAUCAAAGCAACAUAUUUUGUUCAUGUUCAGCACUAGAAUGUGUUUAGAGGGGAAUGGGAAAUAUGCUACUGAUACAUGUGUAAGAAUGAUGCGUAUACAAAUAAAUCACUGUAAAGUUUGUGGAUGUUGUGAGGUCUUUAAAUUAGAAUGUUAUAGGUUCCUUUGUAAUCCUAAUUGCACAUGGCUCUGUUACUUUGGUCGGCACACUUAAGAAUCCUAUUUUCUGGAUGGGUAAAUGCAUACCAAUCAUGAUUUAUUGUAUUGAUUCCUUUUAUACAUUUAUUUUACAGCUUAUCUGCAAUGUUUGAAUCACAUUGUCAUGUCUUAUUAUCACAGAUUCAUAAUAAAGGUUUUUAAGUGACA